UUUUUCUUGCCCACUCCCUUUUACACAAAGUCAAGACACUUUUCCUACAAUAUGGGAAAAAUCAAGCAGAAAGGGAAAUCUGGAGCUGCUCGUGUAUAUAUCACGAGGAACCAAGCUUUAAAAAAGCUUCAGGUAACUCUUGCUGACUUUCGUCGCAUUUGUAUUUUAAAGGGUGUUUAUCCUCGUGAACCAAAAAACAAAAAGAAGGCUAAUAAGGGGUCCACUGCUCCCGUUACGUUUUACUAUACCAAGGACAUUCAGUAUUUGCUUCAUGAACCAAUUGUCCAGAAGUUCCGCGAGUACAAGACAUUUGUGCGUAAAUUAAGCAAAGCAAUUGGUAAAGGAGAAUUGGACACUGCGAAGCGUCUUGAAAACAAUAAGCCCGUUUAUCAUUUAGACCAUAUUAUCAAAGAGCGUUAUCCCACCUUCCAUGACGCUAUAAAGGACAUUGAUGAUGCUUUAAGUAUGCUUUUUCUGUUUUCUACCAUGCCCGUUACAGACAAAAUUGGUGCAGCAACCGUAGCCAAUUGCGAACGUCUUUGUGCUGAAUUCCAACAAUAUGUAAUCCGUAACCACAGUCUCCGCAAGACGUUCUUGUCAAUCAAAGGUAUUUACUAUCAAGCUGAUAUUUUUGGUGUUGAUGUUACUUGGAUAGUUCCCUACAAGUUUUCCCAAAACGUUCCUACUGAUGUGGAUUUCCGUAUCAUGCACACAUUCCUCGAGUUUUACCAGUCUUUAAUGGGAUUUGUCAACUUUAAGCUAUUCAGCAGUGCUGGACUUCGUUAUCCCCCUAAGUUGGAUGUUGCUAAGAUUGAGUCCGCUGCUGGUCUUGCCGCCUAUGAUUUAGAAGAAUCCAAUUCCCUUCCUGCUAUUGCACAUGGAGACAAUAAGGAAGCUCGUAAACGUAUUGCUAGUCUAGGCCAUAAGAUUGGUGAUAUAGUUGAGAAUGAUUCUAAAACGGAUGAGCGGCCCGAACAGGAGGUUGCUGAGACAAGUGGUACGACAGUGGAGAAUGGCGAAGAUGAAAAGUUGGAUGAAUUUAAAUCCAUCGAUGAAGAUACUUCGGAUGCAGCUUCUAAAGUCAACACUCAAGUUUCUUCCGUUAAUACGUCGUUACUUUCCCCUUUUACUUUCUACCUUUCUCGAGAAGUUCCUCGCUUUUCUUUGGAGUUUGUAAUUCGUGCUUUUGGCGGCAAAGUUGCUUGGGACCCUGUUCUUGGUGCUGGAUCUCCAUAUGCUGAAUCUGACCCAGUAAUUACUCAUCACAUAAGUGACCGUCCUCACCUUGCUCAGAAAUACGAGGGUCGUGUCUACAUUCAGCCUCAAUGGGUUUACGAUUCAGUGAACAAGGGUCAUUUGGAAAGAACGGAUCUCUAUGUUCCUGGAGCAACCCUCCCUCCCCAUCUUAGUCCAUUCGUCAAGGUUAGCGAAAAUGACUAUAACCCUGAAGAUGAAGUAUCAGCUGGCGAAGAAGAGGAAGAAGAAGAUGUCGAAGCUAAUGAAGACAAGAAGGCUAUUGAGGCUCCAGAAAAAGAGAGAGUUGAAGAACCUACUGCUGAUGUUGAAGAAGAUGAGACCGAAAAGGCCGAACUUGAACAUCAACGAGAACUUGAAGCUGAAGCUGCUGGUGUUGAAUAUUCUGAAUACAUUAAGAACAGUAAGCCUUCCAAGUCUAAGAAGCGUUCUCGCGAUACCAUGAACGCGGAUCAGAAAGACGAGAAAGAAGCUAAGGAGCUCUCUAAGAUGAUGAUGAGCAACAAACAAAGAAAACUUUACAACAAGCUGGAAAAUGCCAAUGUUAAGAAGGAAAACUACAACAAUAGUCUUCGUAAUAAAAAGAAGAAUAUUGAGAAGAACAAAAAGGCAAAGGCUGAUAAAUAGAGGGUUGUUUUUUAAUUACGGUACAUAGUAAUACAAUUUGGAAAUUUUUUGGGUUAUAUGGAUGUUCAUUAGCAUAUCAAUAAUAAAUAUUCGACUCUAC